AUGCCGGGACCAGUGCAUGAUGACGCUCAUGCAGCUCAAGCGCCGCCAACGCCGAUCCCGAAACUCUUACCGUCACGGGAUAUUCAAUAUGUCAUAACGAACAGGAAUGGAAUUGUGGAAGACCGACAUGAGAUUCACGUUGCCAUUACUGACGCUACUGGGAAACUCAUCCGAAGCAUCGGAGACUAUGACAGACUGACAUUGAUUCGUUCAGCAGCGAAGCCUAUGCAGGCACUGGCCAUCGUGGAGUCCGGGGCUAUGGACAAGUACGGGCUAGAUGAAGCUGACCUUGCUCUGUCGUGCGCCUCUCAUAACAGUGAGGCACGACAUGUUGAUAGGGCCCGAGCUAUUUUGGAGAAGGCCGGUAAUCAGGAGAGCGACUUGGCUUGUGGCGGCCACCCGUCCAUCUUGCCGCAGAUUAACAAGGCAUGGGCGCAAGACGGUAUAACGCCAACUGCUGUCUUCAGCAACUGUUCUGGCAAGCAUAGUGGUAUGCUAGCCGCAACAAGGGCCAUUGGAGAAAGUACCGACCAGUACCACGAGUUCCAACAUCCUAUCCAAAAGAGAAUCCAGGAAAUCAUGGCCUAUGCGGCGGGGUUGGACGAAGACCAGGUCAAAUGGGGUGUGGACGGUUGUAAUAUGGCUACACCCGCUAUGCCGCUCUCAUGCCUGGCAAAAUCGUUUGCCAUGUUUGCUGAUGCAGCUGAUAUCGUUGAUCGUAACGAUGCUCCUUUUGGGCAACGGACCAAGGAUAUGGCGCGAAUCUUCAACGCCAUGACAUCGUAUCCUGAACUUGUUGCUGGCGAAGAGAGAUUUUGCUCGAUAUUCAUGCGAGCAUGCAAAGGACAGGCAAUUGGUAAAAUCGGCGCUGCUGCGUGUUAUGGCAUCGGCAUGCGUGGAUCGGAAGCUACCAAAGCCUUGGGUGCGACAGGCGCUAUUGGAAUCGCCGUCAAGGUUGAAAGCGGCGACCUGGACGCAUUGUACUGCGCUCUUCCUGAAAUCUUGCAGCAAUUGAGCCUCGUAUCUAAAGAAGUGCUCGAGACGUUAGAACCUUUCCACGUCAAGACUAUCAGUAACACAGCCGGCCAGAAAACUGGAAAGUAUACACCAUAUAUUACAAUAUGA